AUGGCGGGCGUUCAAGCCAUAGCUUCGACUUCCGAAGCGCUGGAUCAGGCUUCCUCAAUGACCAAAUCCGACCCUGCAAAGGCUGAAGAGCUGUAUAGGGGGAUUCUGAGCCGGAAAGCAGCGAGAGAGAGACUGACGAUGGGUACUGGAAUAGCGGAUGAAGAUGAGUUGAGGGAUCAGGAAUCAGGCUUGGUCAAGCUUGCUGGGCUAUAUAGAGAUCAUGGCAAAUCGCAGGAACUCGCUCAGCUCGUGACUGACUCAAGGACGUUCAUGUCACAGAUCGCCAAGGCAAAGACUGCGAAACUGAUCCGUACCCUCAUUGAUUACUUCCCACCGACUGCUCGAGAAUUACAGAUGCAAGUGACCCGGGAUAACAUUACGUGGGCGAGAGAAGAGAAGAGAGUGUUCCUUCGGCAAAGCUUGGAAAUCAAGUUGAUCGGCCUACAAAUCGAUACAGAACAGUACCGAACAGCGUUGAACAUGACGGAUAACCUCUUGAAAGAGCUCAAAUUGCUAGAUGACAAGAUCAUCCUGACAGAGGUGUAUCUCUUGGAAUCAAGAGCGUCUCACGCUAUCCAGAAUAUGCCCCGUGCAAAGACCGCCCUGACUUCCGCUCGAACCACUGCCAACUCUAUCUACUGCCCUCCUCUACUCCAAGCUCAACUCGAUCUCCAAUCAGGAGCUGUCAAUGCCGAUGACAAGGAUUACAAGACGGCUUAUUCAUACUUUUUCGAAGCAUUUGAAGGAUUCACACAGGCAGAUGACAAGGAUCCAAGGGCAUUAAGGGCCUUGAAGUACAUGUUGCUGUGCAAGAUUAUGAUGGGAUUACCGGAUGAUGUCCCGCCAUUAUUGCUCUUGAAGAGUGCUCAGCCUUUCCUGGGCAAGGAUCUCGAUGCCAUGCGAGCAACAGGAACGGCACUGAAAGAGAGGAGUCUGGAUCUGUUCAAGGUCGCUCUGAAAGAGUAUCAGGAGCAACUGCAACAAGAUCCAUUGAUCCGAUCUCACCUGUCCAUCCUCUACGAUACGUUGCUGGAGCAAAAUCUUGUCCGCGUCAUUGAGCCGUAUUCAUCCGUCGAGCUAUCAUGGAUCGCGCAGGAAGUUGGUCAACCACUUCAAGUGGUCGAGGAAAAACUGAGUCAGAUGAUUCUCGAUCAAGUAUUUUAUGGCGUGUUGAACGAGAACGUCGGCACGCUGGAGGUGUACGAGGAGCCAGUGGAAGACCCAAUGUACAGUACCGCGUUGGAUACACUCAAACAAAUGGGAGAAGUCGUCAAAGGGUUGUAUGAAAAGGCGACCGGUCUGACAUAG